AUGCGCCUCUUUCAAGCUAUAGCUAUCGUGCAGCUACUGGCUGGACAUCUCGUGGCUGCUGUUCCCCUCGACUCAACUCCGGUCAUCGAUAUAGACCCAGCAGUCGACCCACUCGAGGCUCUCGCUCAACUGCAACAGCAUACGUACGAGACGCUUGAACACAGUGAUGCCGUGUCAAAGAGGGCUCCGAAAGGCUGUUCCUUGGCAAACACUGCCAUCCGGAGGGACUGGGAUUAUAUGAGCAAGCCUGAUCGGAGAGCAUAUAUCAAAGCUGUUCAAUGUCUCCGAACAUUGCCGGCUAAGUCUGACAAGUCAUGGGCUGCAGCAGCCAAGACGCGCUUUGAUGACUUUGUCGCUAUCCAUGUCAACCAGACUAUGUACAUACAUGGCAAUGGUCUCUUUCUUACCUGGCAUCGCUACUUUGUAUGGGCAUAUGAGCAAGCUCUACGAAAUGAAUGUGGCUACAAGGGAUACCAACCUUACUGGAACUGGUUCGCAAAUACCGAUAACAUCUACAAAUCACCCGUCUUUGACGGGAGUGAUACCAGCUUGGGUGGCGACGGGGCAUACUUCGCACACAACGGAAGUCUUGCAGGUGCUCGAACAAUAGUUAUCCCCUCCGGAAAGGGAGGUGGAUGCAUUGAGAGCGGCCCUUUCAAGAAUACGCAAGCGAGUAUUGGCCCAAUCUCGCCUGGUAUGCAAGGCUUCACCGAUCUGGGAGUCGAUAUUAAUGAUUACAAUCCCCGCUGUCUGCGCCGAGACAUCAGUCCUUAUAUACCCAAGAAAUGGUUCACUACUGCAAAUCUUCUGAACGUAACCAUUGGUGCGGGCUCGCGAACCCACCGCGAUUUCUGGGUCGAAAUCCAAGGACGAUACCCAGAUGGCUUCCUCGGUCUUCACACAUCAGGUCACUACACCAUGGGCGGUGACGCGACGGAUCUCUACUCUUCCGUCAAUGAUCCUGCAUUUUUCCUUCAUCACGCUAUGCUUGACCGCAUCUACUGGAUCUGGCAGACGCUCCACCCAGCAGAGGCGAAUAAAGUGACCGGUACUCUGACGUUGCAGAACAAGCCCCCAACGCGCGACGCUACUAUCGACGAGCCGUUGAAUAUGGGAGUCAAUGGCGAGACACUGAAGAUUCGGGAUAUGUUCAAUACCUUAGGGGGCAGUCCUUUGUGCUACAUCUACUUGUGA